AUGCCCUGCCAUCUGUCUCACGUUCCCACAUCAGCAAAGGUCCUGCUCAGGAGCCGAGAGCUGCUGUGCACUUGGCACACCCUGCACAUCUCCACAGCCUGUGCCAAGGUGGAGAACCGUACUGCCCAAGUACGCGUGGGCAAGGGGGACAAGCCGGUGACCUACAAGGAGGCCCAUGCACCGCACUACAUCACCCACCGUAAGAGCUGGCUGUCACUGCACACAGGUAACCUGGGUGGGAAGGAGCUUGCUUCAGAGCAAGCAGUGGAGGAUGUCUUCCUGCACAAGUUCAUGCUGGGUACCUUCCCAGGAUGCCUGGCUGGCCAGGUGGAGAUCUGUGCCCUGAUGCUCAGGCAACUGCCUUCUCACAAGUACUACUUCCUUGUGGGCUACAGUGAAAUUUUGCUGUCCCACUUUUACAAAUGUCUCAUGCAUCUGCAUCUCCAGACUGUGAAGCCUACAUCACACUUA